AUGUCCGAAGCCAAGACAGAAGACAUCAAGCCCGAUGGCGAAGACACGAAGACCGACCGCGCCUCUAUUGGAGAGAAGUCAACACACAGCCAGAACUCGGGCAAGUCCUCAACCUCCCUCGAAUCUCUCAGAGCCGAGGUAGACUCGGAUGUCGAAUCUGAAGGCCACAACACCGCCUAUGAUCUUAUCAACAGAGCUAUCCAAGACAUGGGCAUGGGCAGAUACCAAUGGGAACUGUUUGUUCUCUGUGGUUUCGGCUGGAUGGCUGAUAACCUUUGGCUACAAGGUAUCGCCCUGACUCUGGAUCCUAUCGCUGCCGAGUUCGGUGUCGAUACCAAUCAAGUUCGCUACACCACCCUCGCCCUCUUCGUCGGUCUCUGCAUUGGUGCCAGUUUCUGGGGUGUCAUUUCAGACAUCAUCGGUCGCCGCUAUGCAUUCAACACAACUCUUUUCCUUGCCGGUUCCUUCGGUCUCGCCGCCGGUGGUGCCAACAGCUGGAUUGCCGUAUGCGCCCUGUACUCCUGUAUCGGUCUUGGUGUUGGUGGCAACCUUCCUGUCGACGGUGCCUUGUUCCUCGAAUUCCUGCCUGGCGAGUCCAACUACCUUCUCACUCUUCUGUCCAUCUGGUGGCCGGUCGGUCAGCUGAUCUCCUCCCUGCUGGCCUGGGCUUUCAUCCCCAACUUUUCCUGUGCUGCCGGUGCUGCUGUCUGCACCAAGGCUGACAACUGGGGCUGGCGUUACUUCAUCCUGACUUUGGGAGCCAUUACCUUCUGCAUGUUCAUGUUGAGAUUCUUCGUCUUCGACCUGUUCGAGUCUCCCAAGUUCCUGCUUUCCCGUGGUCGCCAGGCCGAGGCCAUUCGCGUCGUUCAAGGAAUUGCUGCUCACAACAAGACUACAACUUGGUUGACCGAGGAGAUCCUCAACCAAAUUGGCGGUGAUCCCGAUGUCACUGAAGACGCCAAGCUCAGCACUAUUGACAUUGUCAAGCGUGCCGCCGGUAAAUUCUCUACUCAGCGCAUUGCUCCUCUCUUCCAUGGAUGGAAGCUUGGUGCCACCACUGUCCUCAUCUGGUUUGCAUGGACCGCCAUCGGUAUGGGUUACCCUCUGUUCAACGCCUUCCUUCCCCAGUACCUUGCAAACAGCGGUGGUGGUGCUGCCAACUCUGUCUCGACUACCUACCGCAACUACGCCAUUACUUCGAUUGUCGGUGUCCCUGGAUCUUUCCUCGGCUGCUACACUGUCAACCUGAAGUACAUUGGCCGCAAGGGAACGAUGGCUAUCGCAACUGCCAUUUCGGGCAUGUUCUUGUUCCUCUUCACUACUAGCACCAACUCCGGCACUCAGCUCGCAUUCUCCUCCCUCGAGGCAUUCUUCCAGAACAUCAUGUAUGGUGUGCUGUAUGCCUACACUCCUGAGGUGUUCCCUGCCCCCAACCGCGGAACAGGCACUGGUAUCUCUAGUUUCUUCAACCGUCUCGCCGGACUCUGCGCACCCAUUGUGGCCGUCAACGCCGCCGGUGCCAACCCCAACGCACCCAUCUACGCAUCAGGUGGCUUGUUCUUUGCCGCAUUCGUCGCCCUUGUCUUGCUACCAAUCGAGACAAGAGGAAAGGCAACUUUGUAA